AUUUAUAUAAAUAAUAAUUAAAAAUAAAAGCUAACCUCUCCUUCCAUCUCUUGUUCUUCCUUCUUUCUUCCCUACUCCACCAUCGGAAGCGUAACUGCUCUUUCUUCAGGAUUAUCGAUCUCCUUCCGUAACACGCUUAUUUCUCCAAUUAAGCAAGAGGAGUGUUUACAAGUUUCCUAAUAAGGAAGUGCACAGCUAACACAGCGGUGUAUGUGUAUAUACAUUAUAGGAGGAAGCAACAGAGAUCUAUUAUUACUCAUUAUGGCAGAAGGUAACAGAGAACAUGUUGCACUAGAUGUCCAUUUAAUAUCGAGGUACAAAACAAUGGUUUUAGGUGAUUCUUUCAUCUCUACAAAUACUUGCAUCUUCAGAGUUCCAGACAGGAUCAAGAUGCAAAAUACACAGGCAUAUGAGCCCCAUGUCUUUUCACUUGGUCCCUGGAAAUUUGGCAAGCAACAUCUCAUGGAAGCACAAAAGUUCAAAAUCUACUUUCUUCAAGGACUUGUUCAUCGUUUCCCAAAUCCAGAUUCAAAGGUUCAAGAGCUAGAACAAGUUAUCAAGGAUGUUCAAAGCCGCGCUUGUGAAUGUUAUGGGGAUUGGGCUGCCAUCAAUGUCACCAAAGAAGAAUUUGAGAAAAUUCUGAUGCUGGAUGGCUGCUUUGUCAUCGAGUUGCUUCGGAAGUUAGCAGCUGAGGUACCUAUGCAGGAAGGAGAUUCAACACUCGUCUCUUCAAAUGCCGUGUAUCCAGUUCUUUUUCAUGACUUGUUUUUGCUAGAAAACCAAAUACCUUGGUUUGUGCUUGAACUCUUAUAUGACCGGACCAGUGGCAAGGGAAGCAAGCCUUUGGCUGAAAUUGCUACGGAAUUCUUCAUUAGGUUUGCAUUUUCAUAUGAUAAAUUGCAGACAGAGCCUGAGAUACCAUCCAGCAUUGGGGUCAAACAUAUCCUUGAUCUAGCAAGGCAUUACUUGGGUUUGUCAUCAGAAGUGGGAAGUAGUGUCUUUGAAUUGCAUAAGCAUACAAUUCCUUCUGCCACUAGACUCAAAGAAGCAGGGGUAAAAUUCAAAAGACUUGAGUCAAGAAGAAUCUUGGAUGUAAGAUUCAAGAAUGGUGUUUUAGAAAUUCCGACGUUAUCGAUUCACACAAAUUCAGAAGCCAUCUUUCCAAACCUUAUCAGCUUUGAGCAAUGUUGCCCUCUCUUUGCUCCUAGAGUGGCAUGCUACGCACGGCUCCUAGAUGGCCUUGUGGAUACUUCUGAUGAUGUGAAUAUACUGAUCAGAGCUGGCAUCUUUAACAACAAGCUAAACCUAAAGGAUGCAUCUCGCUUGUUCAAUGAACUGAACAAUGGCAACAGCAUUCCCAUUUUCUAUUAUGCUGAACUUUGUGAGCAGGUGAAUGCUUACUGCCAGAGGUGGUGGCCAAAAUGGCGAGCUUUUUAUAUCCACAACUAUUUUUCUAAGCCAUGGGCCAUUGUUUCUCAAGCUUUCGCCGUUGCCAUCUUGGUUCUCACCUUCUUGCAGGCCUUUCAUUGUAAGUAGGAAGUAUGAACAACCUUUUUUUUCUAGGAGUAUGAACAACCUUUUAGUGGUCAAGACAAUUUAGAGUU